CCGCGUCUUCGGGCUUUGUCGUUAACCUCCGUAGCUAGUUGUUGCUCGUCUGGGGUCUGAACGAUGAUUGACAAUAAUGGCGACGCGUUUAUUCUGAGUUGACUCCAGGGAACCCUCUCUGGUCGACAAAGGGAGCGUCUUGGAUGGAUUUUUUCUGCUCGACGGAAGAAAAAAAACCCACCGACAGGACUACAUUCGCAUUGAACGGAAAGGACUUGCUAGCCGGGAGAGGGUUAUCCUGCUAGCAUUGCGAUAGCUAGCAACUCUGCUCGCUAGCUUGCUAAGUUGAAGAGGUGGCAUUCUUGUGUGUGGAGUGGAGGAGAGAGACAGACAGCUUGCUGGGUACUCGUAUCUGGCUCAUCCAGCAAUGUGGCUACUUAACAUGCUUUUGGGCUAGCUUUUACUUAUCCUUCUCUAAGGCAACGCCGAUGAGGCGCUGGCUCGCACCUCACGUUAGCUUGUGGGGAUAGUUUUUUUAGGAGGGUUUAACAGCCUCCUUAGGUAGCUUAUUUAGCUAGCGGGCUAGCUUUUUGGGGGGGGGGGGAUUGUUCCAGUGUCUUUCCUGUUGGGACUCGCUCGCGCUGGCAUUUGGAAACAGUCGAACAAGCGCACCGAUUGCCUUUCACAUCUUGUUAACAAUCGCCACUGCACGUCCCCUUUUUUUAAAUAUAUAUAUAUAUACGCAAGAUGACCACCGGCAGGAAUAACCGAGCGAUGAUGGAAGGAGUAGGAGCCAGAGUGGUCCGCGGACCCGACUGGAAGUGGGGGAAGCAGGACGGUGGAGAGGGUCACGUUGGCACCGUGAGGAGUUUUGAAAGUCCCGAGGAGGUGGUGGUUGUCUGGGAUAACGGGACGGCCGCUAACUACCGCUGCUCCGGAGCUUACGACGUGAGGAUAUUGGACAGUGCUCCAACAGGCAUCAAGCAUGACAGAACCAUGUGUGACACCUGCCGUCAACAGCCCAUCAUUGGUAUACGCUGGAAAUGUGCUGAGUGCACCAAUUACGACCUUUGCACAACCUGUUACCAUGGAGACAAGCAUCACCUGAGACAUCGCUUCUACAGGAUCACCACCCCAGGCAGUGAGCGAGUUCUUUUGGAGUCACGUCGCAAGUCAAAGAAAAUCACAGCCAGAGGGAUCUUCACUGGUGGCCGGGUUGUGAGAGGAGUGGACUGGCAGUGGGAAGACCAAGAUGGAGGCAACGGAAGGAGAGGAAAGGUGACGGAGAUCCAGGACUGGAGUGCGGCCAGUCCUCACAGCGCUGCCUACGUACUGUGGGACAAUGGGGCCAAGAACCUGUACCGAGUUGGCUUUGAGGGAAUGUCGGAUCUGAAAUGUGUCCAGGAUGCCAAAGGAGGCUCUUUUUACAGAGACCACUGUCCCGUUUUAGGUGAGCAGAAUGGCAACAGAAAUCCCGGCGGGCUCCAGAUUGGAGACCUGGUCAACAUCGACUUGGACCUGGAGAUCGUUCAGUCCCUCCAGCAUGGCCACGGCGGGUGGACCGACGGCAUGUUUGAGACGCUCACCACCACCGGCACCGUGUGCGGCAUCGACGAAGAUCACGACAUUGUCGUCCAGUACCCCAGUGGGAACAGGUGGACGUUCAACCCGGCCGUCCUGACGAAGGCCAACGUGGUGCGCAGCGGCGACGCAGCAGCCGGGGCGGAGGGAGGCACUUCCCAGUUUGUAGUGGGAGACCUGGUCCAGAUCUGCUACGACAUCGACCGCAUCAAACUGCUCCAAAGAGGCCACGGAGAGUGGGCCGAGGCGAUGCUCCCCACCCUCGGCAAAGUGGGCCGCGUGCAGCAGAUCUACUCCGACAGCGACCUGAAGGUCGAGGUUUGCGGAACGUCUUGGACGUACAACCCCGCCGCUGUCACCAAGAUCGCCCCGUCUGGCUCUGCCGUCAGCAACGCCUCCGGAGAGCGCCUGUCCCAGCUGCUGAAGAAACUGUUUGAGACUCAGGAGUCCGGAGACAUCAACGAGGAGCUGGUGAAGGCGGCGGCCAACGGCGACCUGGCCAAAGUCGAGGACAUCCUAAAGAGAGCGGAUGUGGAUGUGAACGGGCAGUGUGCUGGACACACUGCCAUGCAGGCGGCCAGUCAGAACGGUCACGUGGACGUCCUCAAGCUGCUGCUUAAACACAACGUGGAUCUGGAGGCCGAGGACAAAGAUGGCGACCGGGCAGUGCACCACGCCGCAUUUGGCGAUGAGGGCUCUGUCAUUGAGGUGCUGCAGAGGGGCGGCGCUGACUUGAAUGCCAGGAACAAACGACGGCAGACUCCAUUACACAUAGCUGUCAACAAGGGACACCUGCAGGUGGUCAAAACCCUGCUGGACUUCGGCUGCCACCCCAGCCUUCAGGAUUCCGAGGGGGACACACCGCUGCAUGACGCUAUAAGCAAGAAGAGAGACGACAUGCUGUCUGUGCUGCUGGAGGCCGGUGCUGAUGUCACCAUCACCAACAAUAAUGGCUUCAACGCCUUGCACCACGCUGCCCUCCGUGGAAACCCCAGACGGCCCGGGAGGAGCAUGCAGCGCAUUGCCGUGUGGUCCUAGGCGUGAAAGUGAGCGGCACGGAACAUCAUGCAGAUGGGUCCAAGCGGUGGAGAGAUGCAGCUUCAAUAGGAUCUUCUCCUAAAAUAAGAAGGCAUUUUCAGAUAUGGACUGAAAUUUGAGAAAGCGAUUUAUAGACUCUGCACUAUUCUUUCAUCAUGACUUCACUGCGUUUUUAACCAUUAUCAUUAAAGCCAGGUGGAAAGAAUGCCGAUUGUCAGAGUUGGUACUGGUACCAUGACUAUUUAUUUAAUUGAAGGGGCACAGUCGGCAUAUUAAUGAGAGAACCUUGUGCCUUGUUUUUCAUCAGAGUAAAGCUGUCGUACUACACUGGCAUACGCACACCUUUUCAUCGCUCCACUGCGGGAGAAAUUUGUAGACACUGAUACAUUCUAGCCGUCCACAUCUAACAACAUUUUUAAAUAAAUCUAAUUUGAUAAAAAGCAA